UGCAACAGUAUUCCUACCUCUCCUGUGUGACACACCUGAACAAUGUUGCCAGGCAACCAGCAGUUUAGUGCGCGAGCGGGCGGUCUCUGUCCUGCAGAUGCAGCAGUGGGCUCACACGCUCACUCCGGUCAGUGCCCGACUCUGAAGCCAACCGAACCGAACAGCACGGUAAACUUUCUCCUGGUGAACAUUUAGUGGACCUAGUGGGCUCCAUGGGUAACAACAACAGCUUCUCAGGGCCUAACCGAGCCAUUUACAAAGUGUUAAUAAAAAAGGCCAGGAGAAUUUAUCACAAGACAACUGGGACAUGUCAGAAAGCUCUUCAGGUGUGAACACUCUCAGUGGCAGUUUCCCCAAAUCACACUCCUCCCAGUGCUCUGAACUCAGGGUUACACACACACCCCUCUCUGUGGACCAGAGUCCUGAUUCUGGACUUGUAUCUACACCUCUUCCAUCCAGUCGUUACCGGUUUGUGUCAUGGCAUCGCCUGGAGCAGUGUGAUGUCACAGGUGACCAGCUGACGUGCCCGAGGGUCAGAGAAGGGCCAACAGAGGAAGAGCUGUUUGAAAGAGAGGGGGGUAACUUAUGUUUGGAGCGAGGGAGGAAAAGAAGAGAGGAGGAAGGACAAAGAUGGGAGGAGAGGCUUCAGGAAAAUUGGGAAAACUGUCUGGAGUUGAACCUGUCCUAUCAGAACUUGGGUGACCCCUUUCAGCAGGAGAACUUCCUACGAAUCCUCCGACGGUCGAUCCGUGUGGAGAAGCUACAACUGGUUGACAACUCUCUUACCAACCUGAGUUCUGUGCGUCUGCCAAGGUGUAGAAUGCUAAACCUGCAGCGUAACCGCCUGGUUUGUCUGCGCCAGCUGCCAAAGCUCCCGGCCAUUGAGCACCUUUGUCUCUCUGAGAAUGCCAUCAGCUCCUUGGGGGGACUGGGUACUCUGGGGAACAGCCCUCUCCGCUCCCUUAACCUCAUCCACAACCCAGUGACCUUCACUCAGGACUACCGUGCACGAGUUUUCCAAUGUUUGCCAAAGCUGGAGAUCCUGGAUGGAAUCCCCAAACUGCCUGAAGACUGUCUGCCUACCCGACUACAUUUCCCAGAAACCAGCUGGAUGUGCAACAUUUUGUGACAAUCCUACGUGGUUACCUGUGCAAAUGGGUGUUACCCCAAAUCUCCUCCUACACUUGAAGUUAUGACAAGACUGAAGCAAAAUUGAUGUUGUAACAAUCCUGUUUAUUAUUAAUGUCUUCUCAAUAGAGGUUUUUUCACAUGAACAUACUUUGAUACUAAAUAAUAAUAGUU